UAGAUACCUUUGUGACAUACUUUUGGUCAAAAACAUAAUCGCUUUGCUUUAAAUAUGAAAUACUGUGUAGUAAUUUGCCUUCUGAUAGGAACCGUAUUUGGUCGUUAUCAUGAUUUUGAAAAGAAGAGUAUUGAAGAAAUAAAGCAAGGAAGAGCUGAAUGUUUUGAAAAAUUCCCUGUUCCAAAAGAAACACGUGAACUAUUUAAGAAGUUUGAAUAUCCUGAUGAUGAAAUUGUACAGAAUUAUGUCCACUGUGUUGCUGUGAAAUUAUAUUACUUUGUCGACGUUGAAGGUUAUAUUGAUGAACAUUUGGAAAUACAAUUUGGAGCUGACAAGACCCCAAUAAUAAACAAAUGUAUUACAUUCAAGAAAGAUCACCCUGAUUGGACACUUGGACAAUGGGCUUUAAGUGAUUGGAAAUGUCUAGUUAAAGAAGGUUUAAUCACCGAAGAAUACAAGAACAUUGAUAAUUGAGAUUAAAAAAUUUAUGAAAAAAUAAAAUACGCUUUCACA